AUGGCGGCAUUACGGAGCCUACUCGGAGCCUCACCUGCAAGAAGUGCACCGCCGCAGGUCGAGAGUGACGAUGUCUACCCUGUUCAUAUGCUAGAUGACACCAAAACACUCCGGCACAUAGUCGUAACGUGGACAUUGCGCUUCAACGAUGUGCUGGACGCGGAGAGACUGCAUACCUCGUUGUCGAGACUGCUGGAGAUUGGAGACUGGAGGAAGGUCGGCGGUCGGCUGCGAUUACAGAAUGGAGAACUGGAGAUUUAUGUUCCACGUCCCUUCACGGCGGAACGUCCUGCCGUGUCCUAUACCCAUCAAUCCAUUGGCAUGGAUAUCGAGGACCAUCCGCUAGCAAAGACCCUCCCUAAAGCAACCAGCUCCCCAUCCAUCCAGCCUGGGCCUCAGGGCUUUCGAGCCUUUGCAGCUCGGGAAGAUGCGCCAGCGACGCUCGAGGAUUUCAUCUACCGGGACACGCCCCAACUAUCUCUUCACAUCACUUCGUUUAACGACGCCACGCUCGUGGCUCUCUCAUGGCCGCACACACUUAUGGAUGUCAUGGGCCAGCAAGCCCUCUUGCGUGGCUGGUCUCUGGUGCUCGCCGGCCGGGAGUCAGAAGUGCCGCCUAUGCUCGGUGCGCGAGAGGAUGCGAUAUGUGCAGCCGCAGAUGCUCAUGUGGAGAAUAAAGAGGAGUUCAGGCUUGGACAGAAGCAGCUGAUGGGAUGGAAUAUGCUCAUGUUUGGGCUGCGCUUUGCCUGGGACAUGUUGUGGAACCGGGUUGUGGAGACGCGCACCAUCUUCUUGCCCAAGACGACGGUGGCUGAGUUGCGACGCCAGGCACAGGGCGACCUGGCCACCCAAGGCGGUGGGGAGGGGGAGCCUUUCAUCAGUGAGGGCGAUGUAUUGACGGCGUGGGCAAUCCGCGCGGUGGCUUCCUCCCUGCCGCAGCCACGGCCUGUGACAGCGCUUCACGCGCUCAACGCGCGAUUCCGACUCUCGUCACUUGCCCAGGCUUCGGGUGUUUAUGUCCAGAAUAUGGCAGUGGCAGCGUUCACGUUCCUGUCUCCCGAGGUUGCAACGGGACCUCUAGGACCCAUCGCUUUGGAGAACCGGCGCCAUCUGAUUGAGCAAUCGACAGAGGCUCAGGUGCUGGCCUUCUUGCGCGAGCUGCGACGUGAAUCUAAGUCAAGCAGUGACCCGGCGAUGGUGUGUGGCGAGUCUGGCGCCCUGCUGAUGCCCCUGACCAACUGGACACGGGCCGACUUCUUUAAGACGGCCGACUUCAGCCCUGCACUUGUGCGUGCAGGCGAGACAGGGCAGUCGAGGAGUAACCCACCUGGAACCAUGAUUUUUCAUCACGCACAAUCGAUGCAACAGAGCCCAACUGUCAGAAAUGUAGUCGUGGUUCUGGGAAAGGAUUACAGCGACAACUACUGGCUGACUGGGACUCUAUUACCCCCGGCUUGGGCCAAGAUCGAAGAAGACCUCAAUAUGACAUGA